AUGAAUUCAAAACAACACGGGGCUCUUUCCAAUCCAGCAGUUAAAGACAAGCAAGUCGAGUUAACUAAGGCGUCUACUGUUAUUCAGACCUAUGUGUCGAUUAUCUUGCAGCAACCGGAUCUGAAGCUCAACGCUCUUCCAAACCUUCCCGCGCAUCAGAAAACUGCUCGCGAUCAUGCUAACAACUGGAACGAUACAAUCCUGCCGUUGAUGUCCAAAACAGAUGCCGACAUCAUCGACUACGCCAAUAAGUUUGACUCAUUCUACUUCGACUUGGUGAAGUACGCAAAAGACAUCAAAAAUCCAGAAUCAAAGAAGAAUUUGGUCGAAGGAUUGAAUCUACUUCUAUCCACCAUCAAGCAAAAGGAUGCAAAUGUGGAAGCUGUAGUCAGUGAUCUGUCGACGUUCCACAAGAACCUCAAUACCGAUUAUCAAAAUCUCCAAUCAGAUGUGAACCAAGCAGCGGUAAAGAUUGAGGGCGACAGUGGCGAACUCAAGGCGCUAAAUGAUAAACUUGAUGCUAUCCACACUGCAAUGCACAAGGACAUCGGCCUAAUGGUUGGUGGAGCCGUGACGAUUGUCACUGGAGUUGUAAUGAUCGUUGUUGGAGCAGUCACCGAAAUACCUUCUGGCGGUAUCUCGACAGCACUGAUUGGAGGAGGUGUCCUGGUUGUCUCUAGCGGCGUGAUGAUGGAAACUAUAGGAUCCACUGACUACAACCAACAGAUUGACAAACAAAAAACUGUGCAGGAAGAAUUAAAAGGCGAUGAAAUAGAGCUGACCGGUGUUAAAACUACCAAGCACCAAGUGACAGGUUUUGUAGAUGGCUUGAAAAAUGCCAUCAUAGCGGCCACUAGCCUGAAAGCUGCCUGGCAGACACUUGAUGCAGAUCUUGAAGAGCUGAUAACUGCUAUUAAAGAUGUCGAUCCCAACAUCCCUGCCACCUGGUUACUGGAUGAGCUAAACCGUGCCAAACUGGAUUGGCAAGUUGCUCUAGAUCAGGCCAAGAUGCUGCAACCUGAUGGCAAGGUGCCAACUAAGUUGUACAAGAAAGUACAGGAUGCUUUCAAGCAAGCGAAGCCACCCAGGCAAGCUUGA